AUGUUACUCUCUCUCGGGUAUCUUGAGGUUGUGGAGGAUAUCAAAUACAAAGUUAAUGUUAACAUAUGUUUCCCCAAUAAAAGACUUAGGAGAGCCUACAUUUCCCUCCAAGCAUGGAAAAAGGCCAUCUAUUCAGACCCAUUUAACACCACAGGAAAUUGGUCUGGACCUGAUGUAUAUUCUUAUACUGGUGUUUUUUGCGCACAGGCUCUUGAUGAUCAUUUAACUGUUGUUGCCGGCAUUGAUCUUAAUGACGCUGACAUUGCUGGCUACAUUCCUGCGGAGUUUGGUCUAUUGACUGAUAUUGCUCUUUUGCACAUCAAUUCUAACAGAUUUUGUGGGGUAAUUCCCAAUAGUAUUUCAAAGCUUUCGCUACUUGAUGAGCUUGAUCUAAGUAACAACCGCUUUGUUGGUCCAUUCCCAACAACUGCUAUAUCACUACCCAAACUUAAGUACCUUGAUACAAGGUAUAAUGAGUUUGAGGGUGAAUUGCCUUCUCAACUCUUUGAGAAGAAGUUGGAUGUAUUGUUUUUGAACAACAACCGAUUCAAAUUCUCCAUUCCUCCCACUUUUAGGUCCUCAACAGCUUCCGUUAUGGUUGUUUCCAGUAACCAAUUCACAGGUUGUGUACCGAGCAGCAUUGGCAAUAUGGGAAACACCUUGAAUGAGAUCAUUUCAUCCAACAACAACCUUACUGGUUGUUUGCCAACAGAGUGUAAACUUGGAAACUUACGGGUUUUGGAUCUUUCUUCAAACUCAUUAAGAGGCAUAUUAUACCAGGACUUUAAAAGCCUAAGCAAUAUUGAACAUUUGAAUAUUUCCAAUAACAUGAUAACAGGAUUUGUCCCCGAGAAAUUGUGCAGUUUGCCUAAGUUGAACAACUUCACAUUUUCACACAAUUACUUCAAUGGUGAGGCACAAGCAGAUAAACCACAAAAGAAGAAGGGGGUUGUGUUUGAUGAUACAGACCAUUGCUUACCUGAUAGACCUAAACAGAAAUCCACUAAUAUAAACUCUCCCCUUUGUGUAAUUACUUUGGCUUAUUGGGUUUAUAAAGUGUUAUGUGUCUCUACAUAUUAG